UUUUAAAAAAAAAUUUUGGUGUGGGAUGAUUAGGUACAUUACCUGUUUCGUAAGCAAUAAUCUUCCAAUCACAGAACAUGAUCCCCAUUCAUUAACCAACCAAUCAAACAACAUCAUAUUCAUAUUCGCUAGAUGUUUUGCAUGCGCAUACAUUCAUAAUAUUUUUUAAAAUAUUUAUAAGUAGAUGUAUCACCAAUUCAAAGACCAUCAAAAUAAAUUAUUGUUGAUAAGGUUAAAAUAUUUUAAAAUAAAUUUUAAACAUCAAAAUUUUAAUAUAUAAUAUUUUUUCCAGCACAGUAUAAAUAAUUAUUGCGUAAAUAAACUUGGAAAUAUUCAUGCGUUUGAAAUAAUUAAUAUUAAUUAAAUAUUAAUUUUCUAUAUAUGACAAAAAAAUUCUUUGGUAAAUAGUAGUAUAGAUGGUCUCAUGUGUGUGUUGGCAUAUCCUCUGUUUUGGUCGUGUAUGGUUGUAAAGUUCUUGUCUUGACACUUGUAUCUCUAAACUUGUCAAUUUCAAUCCAUCGUUCCAGUCUAAUCUACUCUGUUUUAGAGUCUCACAACCCAUAAAUAGAAACACAAGUCACAAAAGAGGGACAGAUAGAGAUCACCAUCUCUGUUUCUUGUUGAUUUAUUUAACCAAUUUGAUCUCACAUGCAUGAUCACACAAUUGCUCUGUUUCUUCUUGUUUCUUCUAUUACAAGCAACCAUGAUGUUUAAACGCUCUUUUAAGACCUUCGUUGAACAAGAACUCGGAUCUUUCCCUAAAUUCCUCAUCUACACCGUCCUCGAAUGGAUCCUCAUCACCGCCCUCUUCGUCGACGGCGUUCUCGCCUUUCUAUCAAACCAAUACGCCAGAUUCUUCGAUCUCAACGCUCCUUGUCUCCUCUGCACCAGAAUCGACCACGUUCUCGUCCCUAGGGAUCCUCAUUUCUAUUACAACGACUCGAUCUGCGACUCUCACAAGAAGAAAGUCUCUUCCCUUGCUUAUUGCCACGUCCACAAGAAACUCUCCGAGAUCAAACACAUGUGCGAAGGAUGUCUUCUCUCUUUCGCCACAGAGAAAGAAUCUGAUUGUGAUACGUAUAAGUCUCUCAUUGGGAUCUUACAUAAAGAUCUUGAGGUUCUUAUAGACGAUGAAAGAGAUCUUCCCUUGGGGCUCAAGAAACAGGACGAUCUUGUUCAGACAACAACACAUCUGAUAGAUUACAAGACAGAUAGCUUGAAACAACAUUGUUCGUGUUGUGGAGAAUUAUUGAAGACGAAAUCUGAAAAGUUUCUAAAGAAGAACAAUUCUUUCCUUGCUCCUGCUCCUUCUCCUAGGGUUUCGUACAACAAGCUGUCUGAAAUUAAUGAGUCCGAGUUUAAGGACUUUGAUGUGGAGGAGAGAACACCGAGUUUUGUAAGAGGAGGCAACAAGUUCUUUGGGGUCCCUCUGUCUGAUUCAGCGCAAAACAGUCCAAGAUGGUCCGUUCGAUCUCUCAGGAAACCCUCUUUGGAUAAGAUUGAGAUACCUGAUUCCAACGGUGAAUCCAUCCUUAAUCAGCUCAAGAAAGAGGUUCGCUUGGACAAGAAGUCACUGAUAGAUCUGUACAUGGAGUUAGAUGAAGAGAGGAGUGCUUCAGCUGUUGCAGCCUACAACGCGAUGGCUAUGAUCACAAAGCUGCAAGCCGAAAAAUCGGCUAUUCAAAUGGAGGCUUUGCAGUACCAAAGAAUGAUGGAUGAACAGGCUGAGUAUGACCAAGAGGCUUUGCAGUCUAUGAGUAGUGACUUGGCGAAGAAGGAAGAGGAAUUUAAGGAACUUGAAGCUGAGUUUGAGGCUUACAGAGAGAGAUAUGGAUGUUUAACUGAUGAUGAAGCCUCGGGAGAUGAGUUUCUUGAGGAACAAGGUAACGCUAGAGCAGAUGAUGGAGCCUCAGGAGAUGAGUUUCUUGAGGAACACGGUAAUGCUAGAGCAGAUGACGACUGCCAAGAAACCAAACCAGACUCUGACUUUGAAGAUUGUUCUUCAAAUCAUGAGGAGGAUGUAGAAAACAUUGAUCAAAAUAGGUCUUGUAGAUCCGAAGAAUCUGGACUUUUGGUACAAAUGAAAAAAAGCUCAGAAGAGUCUACUGAAGUAAAUGGUGCAUCUGGAGAGGAAGAGAAAGGAAGUGUAAGCAAAGAAGGGAUAGUAAAAGAGCUAUCAGAGAUCACAGAGAGGCUAAGUGCACUUCAGUCAGAUGGUGAACUGUUGAAACAUAUUGCAGAUGUUAGUGAAGGAGAAGCAAUGAUAUUGCAAAUAUCUCAGAACUUGCACAUGCUUCGUAGUAGUUUUGUUGCCAUGCCUUCAGAAUCAUGAACUUGUAAUAAUAACAUCAUUUGUUGUUUCUUGCAUAACAAGACAGCUUCUAAAACCCCCUUGUAUUAACUUGAAAACAUUUCUUUUAUUAUUAUUAGUUACUAAAUUUUUUUAAAGUUUCUCCAUGAACGUAAAUUGAGGCCUGAUUGGUUGAAACGCAAAUUUGUUUUCUUUUUGUCCAUGAAACCAAAAAUUUAGUUACAUUCAAACCUAACUUACUCGGCCUAAAUGAAAACCAAUAGUAUUACACCAAUUUGUACCCAAUUCAAUCUUUCAUGUGUCUUCCUCAGACACGUCUUACCUUAUCCAAUCUAGUCAUAGGGUUGAUCCAAGACAACCCAGUUUUCUAAGGCUAUAUAAUCUAACAAUAAGCAUGGUGACUUAUCAUCAACAACAACAUCGUCCACAAAACCUUCUUCUCUCUCUCGAGUACUGUUUUAAUCCUCCUUACACACUGCAUCACAGGCUCACAGCCUCUUUCCAAUCAUGCAGUCCCAUUACGUGUGUCUGAACCUGUAGAAAUAAAUAUAGUAGAGCUUGCUUAUGAUACUCGGACAUAUAAAUAGAAACUUUGACAUAUAUGUCCACUACUACAUAUAAAUAGAUUACUUGUCAGACAUUAUGGGCUUAGAGCAUGAUUAAUCCGAAUUCUUAAGAUGAGGUUCUUAGCAGUUGUUUUUUAAUUUUUAACUAAAAAUGAUAAAAACCGGUUUUUAAAUAAGGAUUUUAAAAACCGGUUCUUACUUUUUUUUAGUUAAAAGUUAAGAAACAGUCCGCUAAGAACCUCAAUCUAAGAACCCUAGGUUAAUCAUGGUCUUACGUCACAUUUGAGACACAUACACUUACAUUAGAUUUAUUUAAAUUCGUAUAAUAUAACACAACA